AUGGCUUCUUUCAUUCGUUGGUACAACGCCAGAUUGGCUGCGCGUCCGCUGCUCACUCAGAGCGUUACCACUGCAUUUCUCUUUGCUACAGGCGAUGUCACAGCUCAGCAGCUCGUUGAGAAGAAAGGUGUCGAGAAGCAUGAUCUUGUCCGAACAGGUCGAAUGGCUCUCUACGGUGGCUUUGUGUUCGGCCCGGUUGCUACAACAUGGUUCGCUUUCCUCGCACGCAGGGUGAACGUGCCAGGGAACAAGAAGGCUGAGGUUCUCAGUCGAGUCGCCUGCGAUCAGCUUGGUUUUGCACCUGUCAUGAUAGGUGUGUUCCUUGGCAGCAUGGCCACGAUGGAGGGGAAGAGUGCAAAGGAACGAAUCGACAAGGCUUGGUGGCCAGCCCUGAAGGCCAACUGGAUGCUCUGGCCUGCCGUCCAGGUCAUCAACUUCUCCCUCAUUCCCUUGCAAUACCGUCUGUUCUUUGCCAAUAUCAUAGCGAUUGGCUGGAACUCCUACCUGAGCUGGGUGAACUCCCAGUGA